UAUAGGAGCUAGUUUAGCAUGCUAGCUGGAAACACGUUAGCAACACUAGUCAGAUUGAGAGUUUGAUGGAGAGAGAAACGGUGUGUUUAACGGAGUUAGCAGGAAAAGGUGAUCUAGUAAACAUGAGUAAAGUCCAAAUGCUGCUGUCGUUGAAGAAGCAGCGACUCACUGCUGCUGCUGAAGAGAUAUUUGCCCUGUUUGAAAAAACAAUAGCAGAACUCGUGGAGGAGCUGUCUCUUUCCAAAGAGGAGAACGAGAGACUCCAGAAACUACUGGACGCUGUUUUACAGCCUCAGCUUCGGAUACACAGAGCAGAUGUCCAGCUGCUGGUGGAGGUUAAAGAAGAGGUUCUCCCUGACCAGCAGGAGUGGAGCACCAGUCUGGACCAGGAGGACCCAGAUCCCCUCCCACACAUUAAGCAGGAACAGGAGGAACUCAGGAUCAGUCAGGAGGGAUAUCAGCUUCAGGAGCUGGAGGAGGCUGAUAUCACCAAGUCCACUUUCACUCCUGACUCUGUGAAGAGUGAAGAUGAUAAAGAGAAACCUCAGUCCUCACAGCCUCCUCAAAGACAAACUGAACACAUGGAAACAGAAGCUGAUGGAGAUGACUGUCGAGGACCAGAACCAGCCAGGAACUCAGAUCCAGAGAGUAGUUUACAACCAAAGACUGAGGACGACACUGGAGACUCUUCUGAACCUGACACUGAAGACAGUGCUGAUUGGAAAAAGACCAGAGAACCUGCGUCAGGCACAAACUCACUGAAAAAUAAACAUGAAUCUGUCAGUGAUUCAAGCCGUAGUAUUGAAAAUAAACCAUUCAGCUGCUCAGUCUGUAAGAAAGCUUUUUCACAGAGUAGGAAUGUAAAGGCACACAUGAGAAUCCACACAGGAGAGAAACCAUUUAGCUGCUCAGUUUGUGAGAAAGCUUUUUUACGGAGUGAAUAUUUAAAGGCACACAUGAGAAUCCACACAGGAGAGAAACCAUUUAGCUGCUUAGUUUGUGAGAAAGCUUUUUUACGGAGUGGACAUUUAAAGGCACACAUGAGAAUCCACACAGGAGAGAAACCAUUUAGCUGCAAAGUUUGUGAGAAAGCUUAUUCACGGAUUGAACAUUUAAAAACACACAUGAGAAUCCACACAGGAGAGAAACCACACAGCUGCUCAGUCUGUAAGAAAGCUUUUUCACAGAAUAUAGAUUUAAAGAGACACAUGAGAAUCCACACAGGAGAGAAACCACACAGCUGCUCAGUCUGUAAGAAAGCUUUUUCACGGAAUAUAGACUUAAAGAGACACAUGAGAAUCCACACAGGAGAGAAACCACACAGCUGCUCAGUCUGUAAGAAAGCUUUUUCACAGAAUACAGAUUUAAAGAGACACAUGAAAAUCCACACAGGAGAGAAACCCUUUAGCUGCUCAGUUUGUACCAAAUCGUUUGCAUUGUGUGGACAUUUAAAAAAACACAUGCAAAUCCACACUGGAGAGAAAGCACACAGCUGCUCAGUCUGUAAGAAAGCUUUUUCACAGAGUGGACAUUUAAAGACGCACAUGAGAGUCCAUACAGGAGAGUAAAUAUACAGCUGCAAUGUUUGUGACAAAAUAUUUAAAUGGCGUAAUGAUUUCAAAAGACACAAGUGUGUUGGUCGUCAGUCCUCACAGCUUAAUGAAAUUCAAACUGAGGAUAACAGAGGCAGAGCCUCCAAUCAUCAGCUCAGCUGAACACAUGGAAACAGAAGCUGAUGGAGGACAAUGAAUAAGUCUUAUGACAGUUCACACAUGAGAAAAAUCUGUCUGACUGGAUUAACAAUGUUGCACAAUAUUCCUAUGCGACUUAAAUGAACUCCAUCUUUAUAAACAUAAGUGGACAAUAUGUUUAAUGUUUUUGUUAUACUGAUUUUCUGAUACGUUAACUACUGACUGUUGAUGAACCAUUUUUAUUUUGGAUUGAGGGCUCCAAGUUUCCAUAUAGAGAUAUAGGAUGAUUUGAUGUAUUGUUCUUUAUUUCUAAAUGUUUUUUAUCAUUGCUAUCCUGUUAAUGAGCCCUGUUUCACAUACAUGUACCUGUUAUCUGAUUGUUUUUGCUUCUGUAACUGUAAGGGAAUACAUUUUCCUAUUUUGUAUCCUGAUGACCUAAUGCCGUUACAUGUAAUACGUCAGUGUUUCCCAACCGGGGGUACGUGGGUGGUCCCCAGGGGGUACGUGAAAAGAUUUUGAAAA